AUGUCGUACUCUGGGAAAAGUCUAGCGAGAGCGCUGGGCGUGCACGGUUCUGUCGUGAGAAGAAACGGGGCCCGCCACGUGCAGCUGAGAAACACCGCUGCCGCCGCAAGACUCUUCUACAGCACGGGCGCCAAGACGGAGUCCAAACACAAGCCCGCCGCCGACGCCGCCGACGACGCCGCCGCCGAGGACGACGAGUACUACGUCGACGUCAGCGACCUCGACAAGAGAUGGCCGUCGCUGGCGUUCGAGGCCCAGCAGGACAUCAUCAGCUACCUCAACGUCAAGCAGGAGUUCGACUGGCGCUACCUCUCGCCGCCGGAAAAGCGCGCCAUCCACUACAUCGCCUACGGGCCCUGGGGCGCCCGGGACACCAAGGUCAUGACCGGCGCCGAGUUUGUGUUCAAGCUCAUGACCAACAUGCUGCUCUUCAGCGUGCUUGGCUUCUCGAUGCUCAACUACGCCGUCGACCAGGAGAAGAUCGCCGACCUAGAGCACUCCGAACAGCCUCCGCAGCAGUAA